AUGAAGAUAUUCUCACUGCCGUCUAUUCCUUCGGUCCUGUUAUUCACGACCAUUCAUAAAGUUCUCGCACAGAAAGAUAAUGGAGAAGAUUGUUCAUGUUUUCGGACGGAUAGUGCAUCAUCUGGAUAUUUCACAUACCAUCGAUUUCAUGAUUUUCGAACAGUAGCAGCAGCUUCGCAGACUGUGCCCGAUUUAAUCUCGAAUGAAAGUGAUACAUCCAAUGCAUUGGCAACGUCGGAAUUCUUUUCAGGACAGGCUUGGAAUAAUGAUUGGUCGACGCAGAGUUGGAAUAAUAGUGAUUCAAUGGAGAGUGGAAGUGGUGUGUUGAUGGUUAAUUCGCCGAAUAAUGUAUACAUUGAAAUCUCUACCGAUAAUGAUACCUCCUACGAUACCUACCUUACGCUCCGCACAGCGCGUCUCGAAGGCUUCCAAUCCGUUGCCGAAUUCGACUCCAACGAAAAGAAUUUCAAAUAUUUGUCGGCCCGAUUCCUUGCUCGAGUCGUCGGUUCCGAAGGAGCGUGCGCAGGAAUGUUCACCUAUCUCGAGUCUGACCCAAUCCAAGAAGCCGACAUCGAGAUCCUAACUUCUGGUCCCCGUAAUGUGGUCCAAUACACGAACCAACCUUCUUUAAAUAAGGAAGGUGAUGCUGAGCCCAGAGCUACAAGCAAUGCUUCGACUGCAGACGGUGCCAUGGAUUGGAGUGUUUGGAACAUCUAUCGAAUGGACUGGAUGCCCAAACAGACAUCAUGGUAUGUUAAUGGCGAGAGUGUGGCAAACAUUACAUACCAGGUUCCGAAGGAUCCAAGUGGCUUGAUAUUAAAUAUGUGGAGCGAUGGAGGGGAAUGGACGGGAAAUAUGAGUUUGUUUGAUGAGGCAUACCUGCAAAUUCAAUGGAUUGAGUUGGCUUUUAAUACUAGCGGGGAUUUUGCGGGCAGCAAGAGGAAUUUGGAAAAGAGAAAAAGUAAGGGCUGUAAGGUCGUCUGUGGAAUUGAUGAAGGGGUUAAUGUUACGGGUACCCCGGCAUUGUUGAUCAACAAUACGAAUGCGGCGACGUUGGGGUGGAAGGAGGGGACAGGUUGUAUGGGGUGGGUUCCUGUGCUUGUGGUUGGCUUGGCUGCUUUUGGGUUGUUGUGA